AAGUGACACACAGAGAAACCCUGAAGCCUAGUCUAGAGCUGGCCAAACUUUGGAAAAGUCAAGUCCUGUGGUUUAAAUCCUGUGGCUUCGGGAAGUCGGUGUCUUUCGCCGUGCGUAAAAACGCACCCGGAUCCAAUUGCGUAAAAGCGCACAAGUCUCCAAAGUGGGCGGGGAAAGGAUGGAGUUUGGAGAGAUUUGGGGUCCAAAAAGGGGCAAAAUAGGGGUCUUGAAGAGGAGAGGGAGGGGUCCUCUAGUAGCUCCGCCUGUCCUAUUCUUCCUUCUCCUUCUUUCUCCUCCUCCUCUCUUUCUUCCUUCCUUCCUUCCUCCUUCUUUUUUCCCUGCCCAUCAUGGCUCGCCUGGCUGUGACUGAGACCUUCUUCGGGAUCCAAUUCCCUGGCCAUCUUCACACACAGGACUCGCUCCAAGCGGCCACAAAUUUCCCUUUCCGACCCUCCGACGUCCUCCUGGUCACCUACCCCAAGUCUGGCACCACUUGGAUGCAGGAGAUCCUGACCUUCAUCCACAGCGAAGGGGACCCCGAGCCGGCCAAGACCACCCCCAACUGGGCCCGCCUGCCUUGGCUGGAGCACCUCUACAAUGGGACCCUCGCGGAGACCCCCGAGCCCCGGCUCCUCACCACCCACUUGCCUUAUCCGGCCCUGGCGGAGGCUUUGGCCAAAGCAAAGCCAAAGGUGAUCUACCUGGCCAGAAACCCCAAAGACGUGGCCGUUUCCUAUUACCAUUUCUGCCAGAUGGCCAAUUUUUUCCCCGAUCCGGGUUCCUUCGAGGAGUUUGUCCAGAAGUUCUUGGACGGCACUGUGCACUACGGAUCGUGGUUCGAACACGUCAAGGGCUGGCUGAGCUGCCAGGAGGAAUCCAACAUUUCCUAUUUCACCUACGAGGAGCUGCACCAGGACUUGGAGGGCUGUGUGGAGCGACUGUGCGCUUUCCUGGGCAUCUCCGUGAAACCAGAGCUGGCCGAAGCCGUCCGGACGCAUUGCAGCUUCGCUUCCAUGCGCGAGAACGCCAUGGUGAACACCACCCUGAUCCCCAAGGAGAUCCUGGACCCCAGCAAGGGCCAGUUCAUGCGGAAAGGCAUCGCCGGAGACUGGAAGAACCACUUCUCUGCACCGUUGAGUGACCGCUUCAAUACGAAAUUCCAGGAGGAAUUGGGAAGCCAAGGCCAGCGUUUUCGGUGGGCCAUGGACUGACCCACAGCGAGAUGGGGAACCCUUGAAAACUACAAAUUAUUCAUACUAGAUCUCACCAAUUGUUGGCGUAUCUGACCAGCACCAUGGUUGUCAAAAGGAUUUUCCAAUAAUUUAUGCCCAAGGAGUCAAUGAAAAGGGAUCCUGACUCAAUCUUAGGAAGACUUUAUUGAUAAGAGUGAUUCAACAAGAGACUAUUUUCCUUCAAAGUUAAAUUUCCAUUAAUCAGAGGCUGGAUGGCCAUCUGUCGGGAGAGUUUUGAUUGUGUCCUCCUGCAUGUAAACAAGGAGUCAAAGUAUAUGGUUCUUGGGAUUCCUCCCAACUCCAGCAUUCAGAAAGUAAUAGUGUUUCCUUCUCUAAAGGUAUUUAAUCAGAGGCUGGAUGGCCAUCUGUCGGGAGGGCUUUGAUUGUGUCUUCCUGUAUGUAAACAAGGGAUCAAAAUAUAUGGCUCUUGAGAUUCCUCCCAACUCCAGCAUUCAGAAAGUAAUAGUGUUUCCUUCUCUAAAGGUAUUUAAUCAGAGGCUGGAUGGCCAUCUGUCGGGAGGGCUUUGAUUGUGUCUUCCUGCAUAUAAACAAGGAGUCGAAAUAUAUGGUUCUUGGGAUUCCUCCCAACUUUAGAAUUCAGAAUGUAAUAGUGUUUCCUUCUCUAAAAGUAUUUAAAGAGAGUCUAGAUGGCCAUCUGUCGGGAGAGUUUUGAUUGUGUCCUCCUGUAUGUAAACCAGGAGUCGAAAUAUAUGGUUCUUGGGAUUCCUCCCAACUUUAGAAUUCAGAAUGUAAUAGUGUUUCCUUCUCUAAAAGUAUUUAAAGAGAGUCUAGAUGGCCAUCUGUCGGGAGAGUUUUGAUUGUGUCCUCCUGCAUGUAAACAAGGGGUCAAAGUAUAUGGCUCUUGGGAUUCCUCCCAAUUCUAGCAUUUAGAAUAUAAUAGUGUUUCCUUCUCUGAAAGUAUUUAAAGAGAGUCUAGAUGGCCAUCUGUCAGGAGGGCUUUGAUUGUGUCUCCCUGCCUGGCAGAAUGGGAUUGGUCUCGAUGGCCUUUGGGUACCCCUACCAAUUCUAGUGGAGGUUUUAAAAGAAAGACUGGAUGGCCAUCUGCUGGGAGGGUUUUGAUGUUGCUUUCUUUUGUAGCAGAAGAGGGUUGGUCUUGAUGUCCUUCGGGUGCCCCUUCCAGUUCUAGGAUUCUGUGAUCCGAUGGAUGCCUUUCGGACCCAGUUCCAAAGAGAUCCCAAGCGCAAAAUUAUUUCAAAAGACAUCUUUAUUUUUCUUUAAUCAGUUCACUUUAAAAAUAAUAAUAAUAUUCACAUUUUACGCAGGAUGGAAAAGGGGGAAAGUGCAUUGGCAAGGGAGAGAGAGAGAGAGAGAAAAUAGAAAAAAUGGGAUUUGGACACAAUAGCAAAUGUUAAAAAGUUUUGGAUAGCAUUUUUAAAAAACGGUUUUGCUUCUCCAAAUGGGAACGAAGCCCAGACCGGGAGAAGGCGGAAAUAUUACAAGUGAAAGAAGGGGAGGAACAGCCAGAUUAAAUAAGUUAUUGGCAAUCCAUUGUGAACUUAUGGGCAAUCCAGCUUGUUUUUCUGAACGGACGCUGGAAACGCUCUCCUAAUUCUUAAUAUAUUGCUCUCCAUGCAACAUCAGACCAAGAAUAUUUUAGAAACGUGCAUGGAAAAGGGAGUGGGUUGGUGAAAUCGGACAUGGAAAGGAAGACUCCUUCCGGACUGUUAUAGUGUUAUGAUUCCACUUUAGCUCCCACGGAGUCCUGGGAUUUGUAGUUUGCGGGGAAAACUAGGUCUCUCUGGUUGAGAACUUUUAAGUGCAAGUCCUAUGAUUCCGUGGGAUGCAACUAUGGUGGUGAAAGCGGAUCCGCGGCACUAUAAUUGUGCCGAUUCUUCCACCCGAUUCUCUAUUCUCAGAGUCAUUAAAACUUUUGUAUUUACAAAUGGAAUAAAGUGGGAGGAAAGUACA